CGACAUCAGUUUGUUUUGUUGCUAUGGUGUAACAACCGCAAUCAAGGAAACGACUUGCAGGGGUACGGCAAAAUGCUACCAGACAACAGACAAGAGAAAUGUCUUGCUCCCAACUCUUGGGUUAUUUUUCUUCGCACCCACAAACGCCAGCUUCUCUGGACCACGUCAAGUUAAAAACGAACGUCGUAAGAAAUCUCGUCGCGAUCGCGGGCAACAACCAAACUAUAGAGACUAAACAAAGAGACAAUGGGCACUCUCCCCAACAUGCCAUCGACUCUGAGCAAAGCCAGCGGUUCCGCCGAUCCUACCAUUGCUACGACCGACAUCGACCGACGCUGUGGUGAUACGAACCAGACACCGCUGAUGGUGGCCUCCGUGAUCGGUCCCUCGCGCGUUGUCAGAGACCUUCUGCGGCAGGGUGCCAGCGUCUCGGUAGCGGACAGCGACGGUUAUACUGCUCUGCACCACGCGGUUUAUCACAAACACCUGGCCGUGAGCAAAGACCUGAUCGAGGCGGGAGCGGACCUUGAAGCGAGGCCUGGUGGCAUAGAUACACCACUUCACGUGGCCGCGACGAAAGGUUUUUACCAAGGAAUGGUGGUGCUGAUCGACGCAGGUGCGAACGUGGACAGCAGGCUCGACGACGGAUCAACACCGCUGUUCGAAGCGGCAAAGGACGGGCGGCUCGAAGCGGUCAGGGUUCUCCUUCGGGCGAACGCGAAUCCGCUCUUGUCAGCGUACGGAAGUCUCCCGUUAUAUAUUAUGGCGGUGUACAAUGGACAUCUGGAAGUGGUCCGCGAGCUUGUGUAUUGGUACGGAAUCGAUCGCUGUACAAGCGACGGCGGCGCACUGGCUCUCGUAACAGCCGCUUCUCGCAAACACGUGGACAUCGUCACCUUCCUGCGCGAUGCCGGUGUGGUUGAUACGGAGGGCGUGGCCCUGUGUGCCGCCAUUNUAUGGCGGUGUACAAUGGACAUCUGGAAGUGGUCCGCGAGCUUGUGUAUUGCCGCUUCUCGCAAACACGUGGACAUCGUCACCUUCCUGCGCGAUGCCGGUGUGGUUGAUACGGAGGGCGUGGCCCUGUGUGCCGCCAUUGAGGGAUGCAGCGAGGCGUGCGUGUACCUUCUGCUGCGAAGACAGGGGGGAAAUGCCAACACAGGUACGCGUGCCUACGUCAAUAUGGACCACGGUACUCUCCCGGAAACCUAUGACGAAUUCGUGUUCCAAGAAACCCCGCUGGUGAGCACAUUCAAUCUGGGAAGCUUUCAUGCUCCCGGAUUCGCGCGCUUGCUACUCGAAGCCGGGGCGGACGCGACAUCGGGCGUUCGGUUUCCGUGCGACAGUGAUGAGGGGGAAGAAGACGAAGGGUUCAUCGGCACGCCCCUGGACUUGGCUACAUCAUAUUUUCGCAGAUUCAGUUCAAUGAGUGUCCACCGCGAGAUGGUGCCGGAGCUGAAGGGUGUCAUCCGCCUGCUGCGACAGGAGGAGGCAGUUCACUCGGUGUCCUGGACGUGGCCAAUCGACAACGGUCGUUCUGUAGAGCGUGCGUCCCGAAAGAAACCAACAUCGAUCGCUCGCAUGGUCCCGCUUCUGAAGCGGAGGGCGGCGAAGCCUCGUGUGCUCUUGGCGGCCCUGUCUAGGUACAACGAAAAGCAGGAUGGAGCCUUCCUCGGAUACUUGCCGGAAAAAAGCACGGGAGUCUAA